UUAGCAGGGUGUUAUCUCACUGCGGUUUGCGAUAUGGAGGGUAAGCCGUGGGCUCCACAUAUGGUCACCUUAUUAGGGGUGGGUAUGAGGAGGGGGAGUGAUUGGGCCUCUGGUAGCAUCACUCAAACGGCGAAACACAAAGCAAGCGUUGUUUCACGCCGGUUUUCUGUGAGGCCGAGGUAUCGAGUCGAAGCAUGGCUCUCUCUGCGUAUCAACUACAACUACGCGACUACGCAACGGUCUAUUUGGCCAUGUCAUAAAAAAUGUAUGGAAAACGACGCUGCAACGACGCAAGGCCUACUAAUGGGGCCUCACCCUCAAUUGCUGCUUACUGCAUAGGUAUUCUUGGCCACGUGACGGGUUUGUUUAAUAAGUACUUACAUAAAUGAAAAUUGAUUACUUUACCGACAAUUAAACAUUUUAUUGUUUCGAUAUUCAAUUGAAUAGUUUAAGAACAUCAUAACCAAUAUACUGCCUCGUUCUACUCAAAUCGUUGUAGUGUAUUCUUUUGCAAUUACCUAAAUGCUGUAGAUUGUGGGAUUACUAUAAGGAUCGGAACGUUAGGAGCGAUGUGGCGACGUCAGAAAAUUAAAGGAAUACUUUAUUUGUUCCUAGGUAAGUAUUUUCAUAAUAGUCAGCAACUAAAUACCAGUAAGAACUGAGAAAUUAGUUUCUGAGCCUGUCCACAUCUCCACGUCGCGACAUCAACGUCAACUUGAACGGUGUGGUGUGGCACCGACUUCUUACCUAUCAGUCUAUCAGUGGGUGGGUAAUCUAUCAGUACUAAUAAUAGUUAUUUUUUGCUUUUUAGUCAUGAUUUUGAAGUCGGUUUUUUGGUGUUAAAAAUUGAGGGGGCGACAUUGGGGAGGGAGGGAAUUGGGUGUACGGUAAUCUCACACGGCGAAACACAACCAAAGUGUUGUUUCACGCCAGGUUUCUAGGACUCUGGUCGAUUCGGCCCAUUCGUGCCUAAGCAGGGUCUCCCACACUUACGUUGCGCAACGCACUAAUGGGCCUCGCCCUAUGAUAGCACGUACCGUACUGUUCCACGUUGCCGAUGUCGUGACGUGGAGAUAUUGGUCCUAUACAUAAGCUUUUAUUGGAUAUCGUCUGAAGAUGUACAUAUGAACAGCAGUUUUAUGUACAAAGAUAUAAUGAUGUUCAGAUAGGCAUCCUAUGUGUAAUUGUGUAGUAGAAAGGUUACAACUGAUUUUAUUCAAUGACAUUGUUACAGUCGCAUUCACACUAAGCGUAGAGUUCACGAGCGCACAAUUAGAGGAAAAUGGCAUGAAUCUUUACAAUAAUAGAAGGAUGGGACGCCUAAAAAAUAAGUCACCCAAGCAGAAACUGUGGGCCCCCGGAACUCUAGACAAUGAUAGAAAACUCUCACAUGAGAGAUCACAGAAAUACAACAUGUCAGUCCGAAAUAAAGAAGUCUUACGCGAGAGAUCACAGAAACGCAAUAUGACAGUUCCAAAUAAAGAACUCUUACGUGAGGGAUCAGAGACAUACAACAUGCCAGUUCGAAACAAAGAACUCUUACGUGAGGGAUCAGAGACAUACAACAUGCCAGUUCGAAUUAAAGAACUCUUACGUGAGAGGCCAGAGACAUACAACAUGCCAGUUCGAAUUAAAGAACUCUUACGUGAGAGGCCAGAGCCAUACAACAUGCCAGUUCGAAUUAAAGAACUCUUACGUGAGAGAUCAGAGCCAUACAACAUGCCAGUUCGAAAUAAAGAACGCUUACGUGAAGGAUCAGAGACAUACAACAUGCCAGUUCCAAAUAAAGAACCCUUACGUGAGAGAUCAGAGAAAACCAAUAUGAGAGUUCGAAAUAUCAGUGGCAGUGUAGUAGAAUCGGCCACGCCGAAAGCUAGUCGUCGCUUGGCAACUGUAAAGUAUCAUUCCGAUAUAAGUAAGGAGAAUAUUAAACUCUGUCAAAUUAUAGCUUCAACAUACCUUGCUUCUUAUGCAGAUUUAAGAGCACACUACAAUCUACGUUACUUCUACCAAGGAAAUUAUGAAUACGAAGCCGGAUACUUAGUGAACGAUAUACUAGCGAAAUAUCAAAGAAUGCUAGAAAUUUUUCACAUCGCUCAAAAUCGAUAUUUCAAACAUUUGAACAAACACUAUAUAAAAACCAACUACAUGCUGUAUUUGUAUACCAAUAUUUUGACGUUGGGGAAGACGACCGGUCAUAUGGUUAACUCACUUACUGAACUGGAGAUCAAGUACAAAGGUUUCCCACCAACAGGCUUUGAAGAUUACCACAUCGGGAAAAAGAAAAAGAAGAAGAAAAAUGGUACAUCUUUCGAUAUACCUCCUGAAUUCCAGGAAUCUAUCGAUGAGUAUGAAAGGAAGUUGCGCAACUCAAAGAAGCAAAGGAAACGAAAGCGCAAGAGAGACAGACUGCAGAACCUGUACAUUGGAUACUGGCCGACCACUCCCGUCAGGAAACCAAACAGCAGUGGUGGUUGGCCAAUUGAAUACGGAUGGAGUAUAGAGCACGUAUGGUGAUCGCCAGCUCCCUUCUGCUCGUCAAAUACAUAUGUAUAACCAUGUACAGUCACAGGUCAAAAGUCCACUGCCACUGUGAGUGAUGUUCACACGCCAAUGCGUAAGUAAUUUCAUAUUAAUGUGCAUAAAACGUACACAUAUACACGAGCACGCGUGCGCACGGCUAAAAAUAUGCGUGUGCAUGUGUGUAUAAGCUCUGCAGCGCAACCGAUAGUAGUCUUACGGUGGCAGUGGACUUUUGACCUUUGAUGACCGUACCUACAUACAUAUGUAGUAUAUUUGUGUCCAUCGUGAUGUCACGAUGGACACAAAUAACAAAUAUUAUAAUAUUUACGUGUGUGAAAAUUUAACGUGAAUUCAAUAUUGUAUUCCAAUAAAUAAAUAUUAAAGGUAACUAUUAUAAUUUGUAUUUUUGUACAAAGGGUGCCCUUAUCAUCUACAGAAUUUCUUUACUUGUUUGCACGAGCGAAUCUCCUGAACUACUGGUUUCGAAUCGAAUAAUUCUUUUUGUGUUGGAUAGUCCUAUCGACGAAGCCUAAGUAUAGGCUAUAAAAUAUCACGCUACGAUCAUUAGGAGCCGAGCAGAGCGGUAACUAGUAGAUUUUUUUAAACAAGCUUUUAUACAGCUCUGCACAUGAAAUUAUGGCAAACCCUUCUGAUGCAAUAGACGCUCAAAGUCAAGCAGUAAACCGC